AUGGCCCGUCGUACUGGAAGCAAGUGUGGAAGAAGUAGAACCGGAGGAGAAUCCCCACAGAAGAGAUCAGCAACAGAGGCGCUAGACACACACGGGGCAAAGCGCUGGCAAUACAAAGAACUCUACAUGCAGGAUGGCAUCUUACAUAUGUUGGACAGAAAUAAGAGGAUCAAGCCACAGCCAGAAAGAUUCCAGAACUGCAGAGAUCUGUUCGAUCUGAUCCUCACGUGUGAAGAGUCAGUAUACGAUCAGGUGUUGGAAGAUCUGAAUUCCAGAGAGCAGGAAACCUGCCAGCCGGUGCACAUCAUCAACGUGGACAUCCAGGACAACCACGAAGAGGACACCUUGGGGGCAUUCCCCAUCUGUGAGCUGUGCCAGUGCAUUCAGCACACGGAGGACCUGAAGAAUGAGAUCCACGAGCUGCUUCAGGAGUUCCAGGAGAAGAGCGGCAGAGCCUUCCUGCACAAGGUCUGCUUCUACUGACCCAGCCGGCCUGGCGCCAGGCGUGCCACCCACCCUUCUGAAGCCAUCUUUUUGA